AUGGUACUGACAGCUUUCCAGGAAUCCUUGGCUGCAACCGCCUCAUUCUGUACCAUUUUACAAUUUUUAGCUGGCAUAUUGGUAUGUCGAAAAUUUAUUGCCAAUAAGUCAACAGGAGAUGCCUCUGGUCUUGCGUUUGUCAGCUGUUUCAUGUCAUGUAGCCUUUGGUUACGCUAUGGAGUGCUGAUAGGAGAUCCUUUCGUCGUACUGGUGAACAUCUUUGGGACCUCUCUCCAAUUAUGCUAUGUCGUCGUGUUUAUUUUGUACAGUGUCAAAAAGUCUGUUAUACUGAAGCAAAUAAGCUGGGCAUUCUGUUUCGUAGCCCCGAUGUAUCUGUACAGCAUGGUCGAAGAAGACAAGGCAUUGGCGACGCAAAGAAUUGGCUUUCUUAGCUGUAGCCUAACCAUUCUGUUUUUUGCCUCACCUUUGACAAUGCUAACACAUGUGAUUAAGGUGAAAAAUACUGAAAGUCUGCCCUUCCCUGUGAUAAUGGCCUCAUUUAUUGUAUCCUGCCAGUGGUACGUGUACGGCUGCCUUAUAAACGACAUGUUUAUACAAAUCCCAAAUUUCCUUGGCUGCAUCUUGUCAGCGUUCCAGCUCUCUCUGUUCCUAAUCUAUCCCAACAAAAGAUCCAGCCAAGAGAAUAUCCUUUAAUUCCCAUCAAGUCUGUGGAAAAUUGCCAUUUAUCUUUCCAUGAACAAUCAUGUAACCGAGGUACUUGAUACGUACAGUA